AUGUGUCUAAAUAUUGUACUUGCUGAUAGUCAUGUUAAUAUUAAGCGAAAUAAGAUCAACAAUUCAAAGGAAAAAUAUCUUGAUCAUCUCGAAGAAUCUACCUAUGAAGUACUAGAUGAUACUAGAUCAUAUGUUGUUGCAGAUGUUAAAGCAGAAGCAAGUCUGCUGGAAGUGAGAUCCCAACUCGUUACGAUCGAAAUAAAUCAAGUGAAGAGUGAUACGUUACCUGACGGUACGAAGAUUACGAAGCCAUCACCUAUAAAUUAUGCACAAACGGAUGAAGGUGAUGAAACCGGUGAUGGGAUUCCUUCGAAUGAAGCUAAUGAUUAUAGCGACGAUGAUGAAGAGGCUUUGCCUCCAGAAGACUCUCUUUCUUUUGCCCUUUCGAACUCAAAAGUUUGGACUUUGCCUUCGGGAAAAAACGCUAUAUUGCGAUAUGGUGCAUCAAGGAUAAUUGAUUUAUCCGCUCACAUGAAAAAGUGGUCUUGCGAAAACGAUAAAAAGUUCAUUAAGAAAGAUUACGAAUCUUUGUUGCGAGUUCCCGAAAUGAUAGGCGAAGAGAAUUUAUUUGUUCUAAAAGUCGAGGAUAUGGUAUAUAAAGGAAACGUAAGCCAGGCAUAUAGAUACUGUACGGAAAUCCAUUCAAGUUCAAUCGAAAAUAGUUACUUAUAUAAAAUAAGUAAUAUAUAUGGAGAUUUAUUUACAAAAGCAAAGAUCAAAGAAGAUAUUUUAGAUUUUACUACAAAAGGUGCACACACAGAAGUCGACGUAAUCUUAAAAGCUUGUGCGUACAUUGUUGAGAGGCUUAACAAGAGCCUCACAAUUUAUCCAAGAUGGUUGGGGCGAACCAUUUUGCCCGUUGACGUAGGAGAAUGUGAGUUUUCCGCAAAAGCUACAGCAACAAAAACAAUUGGUGAUCGAUGUCGUUCAGCUCGAAUAAACCAAUCUAUAUUAAAUAGUUUAUUAGAAUACAAUCUCGAUGAAAAUCAGGCCAAGAAUAUCCGAGUUCCUUUCUUACAGUUUGCUGGCACAAGCGGACAAUUAUUGAUUGAAGACCUGGUGGAAGGUUUUUAUAUCGUUUUUCCCGGACCUAAAUUUGAGUUGCCAACGAAACUUAAGAGUAUUGGAAAGCUGAAGACAUGUGUCAGUGUUAUUAAUCAGUCAUGGUGA